AUUUCACUGUUUGGGAAUUGUGACUUUUCUUUUUUCUUUUUCUCUUGGAUAUAAAUGACUGAUUGUCAAAUGGUUUCCUCAGAUUUUACAGAAGAUGAGAAGAUGGAGAUCGAAGGCAUCAAGACGUAUAAGAAGGACCUUCUGGACGACAUCCAGAAGCUGAAGAUGGAGAUAGACAACGUGAUGGCGGAAAUACUCAGCUUUGAGUCCACAGAGGAAAACAAAACGAUAGAGAAGAGCAAACAGUUCUCAAACGGGAGGAAGAAGUUCAACAUGGACCCGAAGAAGGGCAUCAGUUACCUGGUGGAGAACAAGCUGCUGGAUGGAAGUGCUCAGCCCAUCGCUGAGUUCCUCUACAAGGAGGAGGGACUCAACAAGACGGCGAUUGGAGAAUUCCUCGGAGAGAGGGACGAGCUCCACCUGCAGACCCUGAAGGCCUUCGUGGAGCUGCACGAGUUCUCCGACCUCAACCUGGUCCAGGCCCUCAGACAGUUUCUGUGGAGCUUCCGUCUGCCUGGUGAAGCCCAGAAGAUCGACCGCAUGAUGGAGGCCUUCGCCACACGCUACUGCGACUGCAACACUCACGUCUUCCAGUCGACUGACACGUGCUACAUCCUGUCCUUUGCCAUAAUCAUGCUCAACACCAGCCUCCACAACCCCAACGUGAAGGACAAGACCACCCUGGAGCGUUUCAUCUCCAUGAACAGAGGCAUCAACAACGGGGAGGAUCUCCCCAACGAUCUGCUGUCGAAACUGUACGAGAGCAUUCACAACGAACCCUUCAAAAUCCCAGAGGACGAUGGGAAUGAUCUGACUCACACUUUCUUCAACCCCGACAGAGAAGGCUGGCUUUUAAAACUCGGAGGCCGAGUGAAGACGUGGAAGCGGCGAUGGUUCAUCCUGACCGACAGCUGCCUCUACUACUUUGAGUACACGACUGAUAAAGAGCCCAGAGGCAUCAUCCCUCUGGAGAACCUGUGUGUGAGGGAAGUGCCAUAUCCUCGCAAACCGUACUGUCUGGAGCUGUACAACCCCAACAGCCGAGGGCAGAAGAUCAAAGCCUGUAAAACGGAGACGGACGGACGAGUGGUGGAGGGGAAACAUCAGUCGUACACCAUCUGUGCCGCCAGCGCCGAGGAGAGAGACUCCUGGAUCGAGGCCAUAAGAGCGAGUAUCACCAAAGAUCCGUUCUACGACUUGGUCUCCGUCCGUAAGAAGAAGGUGAUAAACCAAGCGCCUCAGGACUGAGCCGUCUACCGCCCCCCGUGGACACUUACAGAACUGCACCAGAGUGGGACUCUGACCCCUGUCAGUUGUUUUAAACACUUUAAACACAGCUGAGCGACAACGCUGGAGACAGAGCGACACAGACGGUGGUCAUUCAGGCUAAAAGAGGGACUUCUCUUUCCACUUCUCUUUAUUGCAGUUGGUGGUUUUCAGUGUCAAAGGUGACAAACUGACUCAUGCACAUUGCUCUCAUCAUCAACCAGACAAGCCACAGAGAGACUGAACAGACCGGACACUUUGCUGGAAUGUGUUGUGGAGUUUGUAACAUGAGAAGAUGUUUUAGUAUUUGGCUGAUGUUUCUGUGAAUACUAUAAAAAAAAGCCAAGAGUUGGUCGUGUUCUCAGCUUCUUCACAGCUCCCAGAAAACUUAAAAAUGACAAACAAAACCAUUAUUUUAAGAAAUCUUACAGCUUUGCUUUUGUCCAUCGAGUCAUUUAAGGUUUCAUUACGUGGUUUCGCCAGGUUUUGUGAAGAUACUUGUGUAUGAAAUGCUUCAGUUGUGCAGAAAUAGCUUCAUGCAUUUUCAAAAUUUGUGAUACUUUAUAGCGUAACACGGGAUUUAUCUUCUUCUUAUAUUCCCUAGUGCAAUAAGUGUAGCACACAUUACAUCGAAUUGUAGCUGUACUUCAUUUUGUAACUUCUGCAAAAUCUACUUUGUAAUUAUUGUUUGUGUUAUGUUCUCAUGAAAUAAUUAUUUAAUAAAA